AUGAAGGCUCGACUAUGGAGCGCGCUGGCAAUGGCGAUUCCAUCGCCUUGCCGUGGAUGCCAGCAGCGCCUCUCUCCCUUUCAGGUCGGACGAACAUUCUCAUCCUUCCGGCAGCUCAACGCAUCAAACCCGUCGUCGCGAGACAAGGGUCUCGAGAUCGAGCGGCAGAUCUUGGAGACGGGGAAGAAGGAGUCAUCGGACGAGAAUUCUCCUCUGUCUGCCAUCACGCGAAUGAUGCAGGGCGAAAAGACCCAGACGACCCCGUCAGUCAGUCGUGACUAUUCCCAGAUAGCCGAGAGCCUCGAAGCAGAGAUGAUCAAAACACCGUAUGCCGACCGAUCUCCUCCUCAUCAUCUGCACAUCUACGCCCACAAGCACAAUACCAUCAUCACUCUUACGAGACCGAACGGGAAUCCUAUUCUCUCCAUGGGGUGCGGCGUCCUGGGAUUUCGCAAAUCCCACCGGGGCGGUUACGAUCCCGCAUAUCAACUAUCGUCCCAUGUGUUCGCACAGAUACAAGAAAGGGGCCUCCUCAUGGAUAUUCAGAAACUAGAGCUGGUCUUUCGUGGCUUUGGGCCGGGCCGGGAUGCGUUCAUCAAGGUCUUGUUGGGCAAUGAAGGCCAGAGAAUCCGGCCCUUGGUUACGCGAGUGACAGACUCGACAAGGAUCAAGUUUGGUGGCACACGGAGCAGGAAGGUCCGCAGACUUGGUUAA